UCCAGUGUGAUUCAUAGGUGUGUUCUCGGUGCUGUGUUUGACAAUCGUAAAUAAAACCUGUUUUAUAUUAAAAGCACAACGUUUUAUGUUACUUAGAUAAAACGAAAUAGAUUUGCGUGUUCAAAACAUUGAUUUGGAAUUAUUGUGUUAGUUUUUCGUUCUGUGUUCUUUCAGUGCUUAGUUUCGAAAGAGUGACAACAAGUUUUCUUGUGUUGUGCCUUUGGUCCUUGACUUGGAGGCUUUUAUCAUCAUCGCCGACGACGCUUGCCCCAUUCUUGUUUGUUAGGCGGGCAAUUUGUGGUCAAGAUUACGUCACCGCUGAUUUGAAACGAGCGGACAGAAGUUUUUGAACUGAAGAUGCCUCAGGCGACCAUGAUGGCGCCCAGUGUGUUUCAAAGGACCAAGUCACCAAGGUCAUCGCCGGGAAACCUGUCCAGGAAACUACAGAACGGCACAGAACCCACGUCCCAGGUGGACCCGCAAGCGGACUCCAGCCCGGGCAACUCUAUCUCCGACGCUGAGAACUUUGAGUGUUAUGGAGAAGCGGACGGGGAUGCACCCACAAACAGCACUGAGAACGGCACGAGAAGUCCAGGAAGCCAUCUCAACAGGCAUUCCUGGACCAGGACUAGUCUAAGACGGACGCCGCCCAGCCAUCAAGAGAACCUGCCGAAUCGCAGAUGGGGGUCGAUGAGACACUCUGGAAAGCGACAGAUUGGAUCCGCCAAUGUCUUAGCUAGCCAAUUGUACCGGUCGUCGUCGUUCAACUCGUCCGGCUGUGGUUCGGGCGGGGAGCCGACAGACGAUAUGUAUUCUGAUGUGUCCUUGGAGGAAGACGUCCAAGGGCUUAAUUAUAAGGUUCUGAUGCUGCAGCAACAAGUGACGUCACUGGCCGACACACAGAGCACGGCAGACGAACGCUACGCGAGGGCAAAGGCAGACAACGCCGUGCUGCAAGCGAGGCUUCACAUGUUGGAUGAACAAAUAAGAGAGAUCGAAUGCCGGUGCGAGGAGAGGAUUGCAGAAGAACAGAAGCGCUGUAGAGACGCCAUAGCCCGCGUGGAGCGCGAGCGGGACUCUCAGCAGGCUGCUCUUAACGAUCGUCUCGCGGCCGCUGAAGCUGAGUCUUCUGAUCUUAAGCAAGAGGUGGGACGACUCCGCGGAGUAGCAGAAACCUUACGGGCUAAUGCCGACAUAGCAGCAAGGGCGCAUCGCGAAGCUCAGGAACAGAUCGGCGAACUAGUCGCCCAACUGACAGCCGCUCGGGAAGCGGAGAGGAAAGAAAGAGAAGCGGCCGCAGCAACCGCCGAAUUGUUAGCGACUGCUAAACUGGAGCUCCAGAGACUGAGAGAAGCACCCCCACCGCCGCCCGACCCGAGGCUUGAUGAGCUCAGGAAGGAACUAACGCUGCUUAGGACUCAGAAUAAAUCCCUCUCAGAGGCCCAAGAAGAAUUGCAAGCACAGAUCCUCACGCGUGGAGUGGAAGAAGGUCGUAGUUUGUUGGACGGUGUCAGCGGUCCGCUCGUCGGCACCAACUCCCUGGCCCACGAGCUAUCUCAAAUGAGUGAUGAUGAGCUCCACGAUACACAAACAGAUCACAGCAUAGAGUUGGAAAAGUUACAAAAAGCUUUGAAAGAACAACAAGAUGUGAACGUGCAACUACGUAACUAUAUCGAUGGAAUUCUUCUAGCUAUUGUCGAAAAUUAUCCGCAACUACUUGAAGUAAAAUAUCAGAAGGAGGUAGCCCAAAAUAAGUCAUAACGUUUAGUCCAUCUUGAGUAUCAUUUCGAAUUAUCAUCUUUCUGAAAUUCCUAGUACUUAGUUGAAUCUUAAAAAUUAAGUAUGUUUGGUGGUUAUGUAUACUGUGAUAAAAUGAAAAUUGAUGGACAUUUUAUUGAGAUUCGUGUAUUUUGAUUAUAACCAGAAGACCUUUAUCAAGGUUUUAACAUUUUAAACAAAAACGAAGUAGAUUUCUAUAUAUUUCUUGUAAAUAUUGUGUAGGUAUAGUGUAGUCUUAGAUAAGAAACUCAAAUGAAACUACCUAAUUAAUAAACAGUGGUGUUCCUUGUCUAAAAAUGCUGUAAAAUCUAUAGAAAAUAUAAUUCUUAGGAACGAUAAAGAUCUGUGAACAUAGGUUAAUAUCGAAUAUUGUGACAUAAAUGGAAAUUUGAAAGGCCAGACCGUCCAUGAAGACAUUGAAUAUGAAGCUACUUAAUAGCAAUUUUUAUGAAAGACUGGAUGUAUCUAAUUAUUACUAUGGGUACUUUUUUAAUAUAAUUGUUAAUAUUGAAAUGUAUAAAUAAAAUAUAGGUAUAUAGACAUUAGCCAUCAGUGGAUUGUGUAUUCCUAAAAAAAUUAUAUAGCCACAUUCACUAGUACCUAAUUAUAUAUUUGUAUUAGUUAAGAGAGAUUGUGUAUAUUUUUACAGAUAUUUAUAGUUUUAAGUUAGGAAAUAGGUAUAGUAGGUAUUUAUGUACAUUUUGAUAACAUGCAUUACUAGUUCUAAAUUGAUGAAAUGUUCUCUUAAAUAACAGUCAUAUAUGUAAAUUAAAUAAUUUCUAACUUUA